AUGAUUUUAAGAUCUAAAGCUUCAAAGAGUCGUCAUAUACUUUUUGGAGAAGGUCGUGAAUUACCCAAUUUUUGCUUGCCAACCCACAAGCAAGUAGGCAAAGCAUACUUGUCUGAGAAGAAUUAUGAAACUGAACCACUACGGGUAUUAAAAAAAGACCACGUUGGGAUUCUUCGAUGGUAUACUGCUCGAACAUUGCAAGACAUGAAUUUAUGGGAGAAAAUGUUAAAUAGGCAAGGUGGUUUUAAGAUGACCAUGAGUAGAAAGGUUUGCUCAAACCAUUUUGCUGCUGGAUAUUGUUCAGAUGUUUGUUCUAUUCCAACACUAUUUCUUAAAGGGUAUGAUGUUAAAGAUAAUUUAAAACGGAAAGAUCCACACAUGUCAAACAUUUUAAAUACUUGGAUCCCUUUUAUGUCUUCAGUGCUUCAAAAAUUUAUAUAUUGGCCGACUAGAAAAGAAACAAAAAAUGCCUAUCCAAAAUGCUUUGAGAAAUUUCCUAAUGUGAUUGGUAUAAUCGAUUGUACUGAAGGAGCAAUAGAGAUUCCUAGUUUAGCCAAAGCUCAAGCCCAAACCUAUUCAACGUACAAAUCUAAGAACACCUGGAAAGUUUUACUUUGUAUAACUCCUAUUGGUAAUGUAUCUUUUAUUUCGAAAGCAUAUGGAGGUAAUGCAUCAAACCGAUUUAUUACAGAGAGAUGUGGCAUUUUAGAUAAAAUUGUAUCCGGAGAUUCUUUAAUGGCAGAUAAAGGAUUUAAUAUUAGCGAUUUACUUGUUGGAAAAGGUUCUCAGCUUGUUAUUCCUCCUUUUUUAAAAGAUAAAGGAAAAUCCUCAAAAAGAAAUAACACAAAAACCUCUAAUGUUGCAAAAGCUCGCAUUCACGUGGAAAGAGCAAUUUCUAGAAUAAAAAAAUAUCAUAUAUUGCAAAAUGUUUUUCCUUUGAAAAGAAAAACCAGCUGGACAUUAUUUUGA